AGCGGCCGACCAGUGUGUGAACAAGUCAGUUGACUAUCUAAUCUCGAAUCGAGCGAGUGCGUUUGCAGCGCCUUCUCGCACGAAUAAUGACAGAAGAAGAAAAACAAACAAUAGAAUAACGUGUUUUCGGAUUUAGUGAAUGUGAACAGUAUUACGCUAUUGCAGAUAAUAAUAUAAUACUGAAAUUAAUCUUGGAACUCAUUGAUUUGACAUUCAAGAUGGCGCAAGUUUUGCUUCUAUUAUUUGGUAUAAUAGUCUUUCAAGGAUGUUCCGAAGCCGCACCAAAUGAAAAAAGUCAUCCUGCAGACGGUGCUGGAGAAGAUGUCACUCUCGAUCAUGAACCACAUAGUCAUAAUCAUCAAACAAGAGAUAAUGAUGCUAGUCAAAACCAACGACAGAAACGAUUUUACGACUAUGUAGGUUUUGAUUAUCCACCAUACGAUUUUCCUAAUUACCCCUACCCAAGCCAACCUCAUUAUUCUAAACGAGACGAUACCCGGAAUACUGCUGUAUAUGGUACUGAAGAUGCAUUAAGUCUUAUUUUCCGAAGAUUGCGCGAAAUAUUAAGAGAUGUAAGAUACCAAAAUGUACCACGACCUGUACAAACUCCAGUACCAGCAUAUAUACCAUUCGUUUAUAUACCACAAUUUGACUGUGGUUGUACUAGUAAUAACCAAGGACCUGCGCCGCCAGUAAAUUAUCCUAAUCCUCAACCUACAAAUAGUUAUACGCCAUCUACUGAAACCACAACAACAUCGAAUACUGUGUAUCCUUUAGGUAAUAGAUUUGGAUUAGAUGAUAACAAACGAAAUUGGGGUCUAAUGACAAACAAACCUGAUUUAAAUAAUAUCGGUACUGAGGGUGAUGGAAGCAGGCCAAUCAAUUUUAAUCCUGUUCUUUCUGAAGAACCCUUGGAAGUACCAGUGCCACCUGUGGAUCAUGGAACUGUACAAGCUGGCGCUGAAUCUGAACAAAAUUCAAACCCAAUCGUUCCAUCUCCACAAUUACAGAAUACCCCUGCACCUAGCUUUCAGCCAAGUAGGCCGAUAGCAUCUGGCAAUCAACAAUCAACACCAUCAACCAGUUUCAAAAAAAAUAUUCCAUCUCUCUGUGAUGGAGCUAUAAUAAGGUGCUGUAAUCAAAUUCAAAUUACAGAUAAAUGUUUUGAACUACAAGGUUGCGAGGAUCCAUCCAUUUACGGCAAUCCUUGUGACGCUGAAGUACAACUAAAAGUUAUAAAUAAAUUUCAGGCCUUUCAUAAGACAAGAAGAGGUUGAAACUGAGAUAAAAUUAAAAGGUUAAGUUUGAAAGUUAGCAAAUUGCUACUUUAAAAUUAUUUUAUAUUAAAUUAAAUAGGUAUAAAAUUAUUUUAUAAAACUUCAGAAUUAUUUUAUUCCUCGGCGGUAUAUAAAAAAAACUUCAGAAUUAUUUUUUUUGUCGGCAUUAUAUAAAAGUUGGUCGCAAGUGCCACUUUGCCUGAAAACUUGCAAGACCACGUAGUUAUCGCAAUGGGUAGAUUGCAUUUCGGCAGACUGCGAUAAGCUAAUCGUGACUUUAAUAAAAUUUAAUCAUUAUUUAUAACUAAAUGUAUUGAAUGAAAGUUAAAAUUAGAACAGAAAAGGAUGGUAUUAUUAAUAAAUUAAUUAUAUAUUCAUCUAAAACCCAGUAAAUAUAUUUGUUGGUUUCGAUACUACGAAGAUAUAUUUACUUAGCUUUAAAAUAUUUACUGUGCCUAAUGUAUCAAACAAUAUUGUUUAUCUAUACGGGAAAUUAAUACUAAUUAGUAACACGAUUGAUAUUUAUAAUAAUUAAUGUAAUCAUUAAUAUUUAUGAUCUUUUACAAUAUUUGCCCUGUAUAAUAUUUUCUCGAAAUAAAUACAAUUGGCUGUACCUAAAGACUCAAAAUUUAAUCGUCAAUAAGUAUUCUAGAUGAAGUGUAAUAAUAUAUUGUGAUACUUUGUUCCUAUACCUAGUGUUUGAUAAAUUUUCUUUUCUAUUCUAAAGAUAUGAGCCAUGACACUGCAGUACAUUAAACAACGUAUAUUUCCCGGAGAAUUUCUUUAUCUCUAUACAAUAACUAAGUUAAGUGUCCAACAUUAAUGUGUUUAGUCAAAUAUUUUUAUACGUAUAAUUAAUUAAC